GUUUUCCUUUUUUUGGAAGUGGCUUAUGAAAAAAGAAUGGCGACAAUAUAUUGACAAAUUACUGAGCGAGAUUGAUGAGGAGGAAGAGGAGCACUAGUUUUUAGCGAUGAAUGGUUUGAUGAUCAUGUACCACUUGACCAUCAUACAAGUUCCAGCUCAAGCAAUGUUUAUGUUGGUGCUGUAAGUGUU